UCCAAAUUUUCCAAUUUUCAGAUCCCAUGGCUUCCUCUUCAGAUCCUCCCUCUUCCAGACACCACACUUACAACCGUAAACAAAAAUCCCUCGGCCUCUUAUGCACCAAUUUCUUGAGCUUGUACAAUCGAGACAACGUUCACUUAAUCGGUCUCGACGAUGCCGCCACCCGACUAGGUGUUGAAAGAAGACGGAUCUACGAUAUAGUUAACGUUUUAGAGAGCAUCGGGGUUCUUGCAAGAAAGGCCAAGAAUCAAUAUACCUGGAAAGGAUUUGCGGCAAUUCCUGUUGCUUUACAGGAGCUCAAGGAAGAGGGUUUAUGGAAUAACCUUAAUUCCCAUGAAGCUGGUAAUGAAGGGGGCAAUGAAGAUGCAAAGGUAUCAGAUGAGGAUGAUGAAGAAGAAUCAUUAUCCCAACCCACUGGCAGUCAGAGUGACAGCCUGAACCCUAACUCUACUGUUCCCAGAUCUCUGAAAAAUGAUAGAAGGGAAAAAUCUUUGGCGCUGCUUACUCAGAAUUUUGUCAAGCUCUUUGUCUGCUCUAAUGUGGAAAUGAUAUCCCUUGAUGAUGCAGCAAGGUUGUUACUGGGAGAUGCAUAUAAUUCAUCAACAAUGAGAACAAAAGUUAGACGCCUAUAUGAUAUUGCAAAUGUGCUAACCUCCAUGAACCUUAUUGAAAAGACCCAUACCACAGAUACAAGAAAACCAGCGUUCAGGUGGCUUGGCUUAAAAGGGAAGACAUGGAAUGAGUCAAUUUACAAUUCAAAUCAAAAUGAGUCUAGGAAAAGGGCUUUUGGAAAUGAUGUCACAAACAUCAGCUUUACGAGGAGUAAUAGAACUGAUUUUUUCAUGAGUGGGGACUUCAGCCAGAACAUUAAGAAGCAAAAGACACAGGAAAAUGAUAGUGGGUUAUGCCAGGAAGAUAAAAGCAAUAUGAAACAAGGCAUAAAACAGGCUUCAAGCAACUAUCAAUUUGGUCCUUUUGCUCCAGCCUUUGUAUCCAAAGCUGGAAACUCUGAGAAUAGCAAAGUGAAGCAGGCGCAUGAUUGGGAGAGUCUCGCAACUGCACAUUGCCCUCAAUAUCAAAACCAAGGCAAUUAAUUAACUUUGAAAGAUCUUUACUCUCAUUACAUGGAAGCAUGGAAAUCUUGGUACAAUGAGGUUGCUGGGAAAAGGCAAACGCAAGUUUUGUAAUUUAUAUCUGACAAAGUCAAAUAAAAUUGUUUUUUUUUUCUUUCUAAAAAGAGAUAAUCCAUUGUAAGAUGCAUUCUAGAUGUGCCAACUUAGAGGCUACCAUUUACGGAUUUUUUAACCGCUUGGCCUAAUAUCAGAUUAGGCCUUACUUGGAAGUUCUUUAUCACACCUGUUUAUGAGAGUUGCAACCCCUUAUGUAAAGGGAAUUCUUAUGGGCUAUCCCGUCUACAGCUGUUAAUUUAAGAAUUAGUUUGUUUUAAUUGAUCAAAUAGUUAGUUUUGUCACCAUAUUUUUUAUUGA